CCUCUGGCGACAGUGAGUGAAGGACACUCUUUCAGCACACUGAUGUGGUGGUCUGGUGUGUUUGUGAAACGCGAUUUUAGUCCGAUGGCAUGGAAGGCAAAAGAGGAGCGUCUCUCUUUAAUAUGUUUAGGGCUAGUUGUGGUAGUAUUGAACUCCUUUGGUCAGUGCACUGCAUUAACACAAACAAGAUCGUCAAAAUCCUCUAUUGUCCUGGGACCCCAUUUGAAGGGGGAUCUUAACAAUGGUAAAGAGGAGCAGUCUACAGGUGCUGUGCAAUUUGGAAGGCUUAUACUUGGACGUAAUGUCAAACCAAGAAAUGAGAGUUUUUCUACUGAUGAACAUACUGUCUCCAAAGUCAGAUCCUCCAAUGGUUCACUGGAUGAUGCUGACUACCAGUCUGACAUGGGUUGGGAAUCUAAGCAGCUGGGAGGGCAAGUUUAUGGCACAGCUAGCCCAAGUAGUCCAGUGGUGGAAAGUCUUUUGCGGAUGGAACCAAGUGUUGAAUGUGUUGGGGACUCCAUGAAACUAAAGGUCCAUGACACAGGCUCUACACCAGGGUCUCUCUUUUUUGUGGACCGAGGAAAUCASUCUCCCCUGCCUCUGUCACAGUUGCCCACAAGCUGUGGUCAUUCCAUCAKAGCCACUCGCCAGGAUUGGAUUUUCAUUGCAAUCUAUAAUGGCUGUUAUGUCACACUGGAGGAUGGUAAUUAUGUUCUGCCUUUGCGUUGGUGGGGGUUGCCAAUUAAAAUGUCCUGCCCUGCCAAAAAGUCCUCUAAACCCAACCCUCCUACUGUUUCCUGCUACCCUGAGGGCAUGGURGUGAAAAUGGAGGGGGGCACCUCUGCCAAGGAUCUCAGGGUCAAGUUCAAAGGACACUGGCAGCCAUUGAUGGAAGUUUCGCCCCAUUGUGGCUACAGUGUGGUACCUCAUCUAGAAUAUGUGACCAUUUCUGCUCAUUAUGAGCCCUGUGUGGAAACUAAGGAUGGGAUGUUCACCCUUGAACUUGCUGGAGAGGGGGAGGUUAAAGUGUCCUGUCCUAGUUCUGUUGACCAGUCUAUCCCUCGCCCCAAUUACCCCCAAAACCCUUUGUUUCCUCUUCCUCCCACUAUUGCGCUUCAACCAAGUCCAAUGUUUCCUCCUCGGCCUACUCCACCCUCUAAACCCCAGGCUCCGCUGCAUCCUUACUUCACAAAGCCUGCUACUCCACCUCCUGGGAACCCUCAGUAUUACUUUUCAUUCUACCCUCUGCCAGCCAAGCCUGUAACUAGCGCUCCACCUGAAGACCCCCAGCCUCACUGGUAUUCAGAGUCCUUCUACCCUCAGCAAGCCAAGCCUGUAACUAGCUCUCCACCUAAAGACCCCCAGCCUCACUGGUAUUCAGAGUCCUUCUACCCUCAGCAAGCCAAGCCUGUAACUAGCUCUCCACCUAAAGACCCCCAGCCUCACUGGUAUUCAGAGUCCUUCUACCAUCAGCAAGCCAAGCCUGUAACUASCUCUCCACCUAAAGACCCCCAGCCUCAYUGGUAUUCAGAGUCCUUCUACCCUCAGCCAGUUACUCAUAUGCCUGCCACACCUCCCCCUGCAACAGAAGCUCCAAAUGGCAAGGUGUACUAUCCUUACUACCCAUAUCCUUAUGAUCAUCCUCCUAUGACUCAAAAGCCUGUUACUGAAAAGCCAACAUCUCCACUGCAUCCUUACUACACAGAACCUGCUACGCAUCCUCCUGUGAACCCUCAGUAUUACUUUUCAUUCCACCCUCUGCCUGCAACUCCUUCCCCUGCUACCAAAGUUCCUCAGGGCCCUGUACAACAUCCUGACUAUCGACAUCCCAAGCCUGUAACUGGCUCUCCCCCUAAAGACUCCCAAAUUCCUUGGGAUUCCUUUGACCGUCAACCAGCCAAGCCUGCUACGCAUCCUGUGACUCCAAAGCCUACACCUGCCAUGCUUCCCCCUGCUACUGAAAAGCCAACAGCUCCACUACAUCCUUACUACCUGAAACCUGAUACUCUGCCUCCUGGGAACCCUCAGUAUUACUUCUCAUUCUACCCUCUGCCUGCUAAGCCUGUAACUCCUCCCCCUCAAGUGUCUACUCCUGCUACCAACGCUCCUCAAGGCCAUGUGCAGCAUCCUUACUACCCACAUCCUCACUAUCCUCCACAUCCCAAGCCUGUAACUGGCUCUCCCCCUAAAGACCCCCAAAUUCCUUGGGAUUCCUUUGACCGUCAACCAGCCAARCCUGUGACUCCAAAGCCUAAACCUUCCAUGCUUCCCCCUGCUACUGAAAAGCCAACAGCUCCACUGCAUCCCUAUUACCCACAUCACUACCAACAGUUCUACCCUGAGCCAGCUAAGCCCAUUACAAUCCCAYUUAGGCCUGUAACUCAAACAUCAGAACAAACUGAACUUGUUGUUCAUACAUGGAUACCUGCUCCUCAACAACCUAGUCAUCAAAGAAAUACUAAAGCACCUCCAACUGUGGCUCCAAGUUCACCUCAGCCAGUUGACUCUUAUCCACCACAUCCUGGGUAUUGUCCUGCAGUCUGCCCUACUGGUUUCUUGACCUGCUGCCCCAUGCCCAUAUCUUUCCAUCAACACCACCACAACCAUUUUGGCCCUGUAACAUCCAAGGAUAGUGUAAUCAUUCCCGCUUACCCUUUCAAACAAACAUCUGACCUGUUCAAUUAUGCUUCAGUUUCUGAACCUAGCCAAGCCACUACAACCCAACGACCUAUAACGGUUCAGACGGUUGCCCCCACUAAAACGUCCUUGACUGGUUUCCAUGACUACUGGAGUCAGCAUGGAAUGAGAUUUUCAGCCUCCUUGGCUUCGUAUGCCCAAGCACCUAGUGAUGCCAACAAGCCCUCAGAACCCCAACAUCCAAAGGAAUCACAUUCUCAGCCCUACAACCCACAGCAGCCAAUGCGCCCAUAUUUUGAAGCACCUGCCAGUGACUCCAAAAAACCUAUGGCACAGCAACAACCAAUUCUGCCCCAUAACCCACAACAGCUUAUGCAUGCAUAUCCUCUGCCAUACAACUCACAAGGUCCAGUACAGCCACAUGGCCAAGCACCUGUUUAUUCUAACAAGCCCGUGGAACAUGAGCGACCUGCCAGUGAUCCAAGUAAACCAUCUGAACCUCAAUCGCUGUCCAGUGACCUCAACAAGCCCUUAAAACCCCAACCUUCAAAGUGGCCACWUUAUCCUUUCAGACCUCCAAUGUGGUAUGACCCUGACAUGUUCUACGCAUCCAAGCCUCUGAUGCAACCAGACCACCACCACACCCAACUGUCUGAAUCUGCAAUGCAGAUGCAUAGCACACUUGAACAACAGAGUCCUCAAGAGCAUCCACAUGGAACGCCUCAGCCUCCAAGACCAGUCAAGGAACUGGGUGGCUCCCUUCCCAGUAAUUCAGAGGGUAUCUCUAGCCUUCAGCAACCAAAUCCUUCAGGCCAACAAAUGCUUACCCAUUACGGCUCAUUGCCAAUAUAUUAUGCUGGUUCCAAACCAUCCUACCCCCAGAAACCUGCAGCCAAGCCUUCUGGUAAACCCUCCAGACCUGAAUUCCCAGAGUCCUUCGAACACUAUUGGAAGCCCAUUGUGCCACUAGGGUCUAACGAGGGGUUCCAUGGUUCUUACCCGGCCCAGUCCGCAGGAGGUUCUUACCCGGCCCAGUCCGCAGGAGGUUCUUACCCGGCCCAGUCCGCCAGGAGGUCUUAACCCGGCCCAGUCCGCAGGAGGUUCUUACCCGGCCCAGUCCGCAGGAGGUUCUUACCCGGCCCAGUCCGCAGGAGGUUCUUACCCGGCCCAGUCCGCAGGAGGUUCU